AACCAAGCCAGACGAAGCAAAAUGUGAAAUGGAAGAGUACGACUUCGAAUCCGAAACUGAGUGGAUCCCAGAAGAAGAAAAACUAAAGAAAAGCAAAUUACUAAAAGAAAAACUGAGAAGAGAACGAAAAGAACUUAAAGAGAAGUUAAAGAAAGAGAAGAGAAUCACAAAAGACGGAACAAAAAUCAAAAAGUUGAAGAAAGAAAAGAAGGAGAAGAAAGAGAAGAGAGAGAAGAAGGAGAAGAAACGCAAAAAACGGAACACGGACAAUCAUCCACCGCCUGCUGAACUAGACGAGCCUAUUAUAUGUGACAUAUGUGACCAAACUUAUAAAAAUAAUGUUGCCUUUGCCUUACAUUCCAUUGUUCAUAGCGAAGAUGGUAAAUAUCACUGCCAUUUGUGCUCUUAUCGAAACGCUUCAAAGUACCAUCUCGAGAUGCACGUGCGUGCUCACGAGGGAGCCACCAAAUACAAAUGUGAGAUUUGUAACAAAGCUUUCACAGUUAGCACGCAUGCGCUAGAGCAUAAGUAUUUUCACACAGGGGAAAAACCAUUUCAAUGUGAAAUAUGUGGUAAGCAUUUCAUGUUCUCGUGGUUUUUGGCUUCACAUAGACGCACUUCACAUUACGAAAUUCUCACAGGCAGCCCUUUGGUCAAAUUCGACUGUACUAUUUGUAAUAAGCACUAUGCUUCAGCUUCAGGCCUCAGACGGCAUAACCUUAAAAAUCACAACGAAACAGGCGUAGAUCUUUCUGUCCUUUGCGAUAUAUGUGGAAAACAGUUAUCCAGUAGGGAGAAACUUAAGUUUCACCAUCGUACACACACAGGUUACAAACCGUAUGGUUGCCAAACCUGCCCCAAACAUUUUUCUAAAAAAGAGCAGCUUAUUGAGCACACUAGGGUCCAUACGGGAGAAAAGCCUUACGUUUGUAAAUACUGUGGUAAAGCCUUUACUCAAAGAACUCCCCUAAGAAUCCACGAAAGAACACACACAGGAGAGCGACCAAAUAUUUGCCCGAUUUGCAGCAAAGGAUUCAUUUCCAAAACUGCUCUGGAAAGCCAUAUUAGGAGUUGUUACAACAACUCGCAGAUUAUUAUACCUGAAGUCAUGCAAUUGCCGUAUCAUUCGUUUUAUGGAUCAAACUCUACUCCUAUGACUCCGAUGACUCCUAUGACCCCUUCUUCGGAAGUUUCGGAGUUGGAGCAUAAGUUUUCUCUUUCAGAUGCUUUUCUUGAUCCUCGACAACAUAUCGAUGUAAUUGGACACAUGACUCCCAUGUAAAUUUACG